CUUCAUUAUACUGUUGGCAGUAUGCAACAUUUCUGAUUGUAUUGGACCAAUUCUUCUUGCGGGACAUACUGAAGACUGACAGUGAAGGUCUACUGUGAGGUUGACACAUUCAGUCCAGUGAUUACCAUGAAUUCCAGAGAAUGUCAGCAAAAAAGGGACUGAGGGCAGAUUCGACCCACUUCACUUUAGAGGGAGCACCAUUUCUCAUCCUGGGAGGCUCCAUUCAUUACUUUCGGGUCCCAAGGGCAUACUGGAGAGACCGGCUGCUGAAACUGAAGGCCUGUGGUCUCAAUACUCUCACCACGUAUGUGCCAUGGAAUCUGCAUGAACCAGAAAGAGGAGUUUUUCUGUUUCAGGAACAGCUGGAUUUGGAGGCGUACAUUCGUCUCGCAGGGGAAUUAGGCCUCUGGGUGAUUCUGCGUCCAGGACCAUAUAUAUGUGCCGAGUGUGAUUUGGGUGGCUUACCAAGCUGGCUGCUGCAAGAUAAGAAAAUGAAAGUGAGAACGACCUACUCUGGUUUCACAAGUGCUGUGAACUCAUACUUUGAUAAUCUGAUUCCGAGAAUCACGCCCCUCCAGUUUAAGAAUGGAGGCCCUAUUAUUGCUGUUCAAUUAGAUAAUGAAUAUGGUUCAUAUGCGAAGGAUAAGCAAUACAUGUCGUUCAUCAAAGAGGCAUUACUGUCCCGGGGAAUCUCAGAGCUUCUUCUGACAUCAGACAACCACAAAGAGUUAAAAAAUGGAGGGGUGGAUGGAGUCUUGCAAACAGUGAACAUGCAGAAUCUGUCAAAUGAUGGUCUACAGCAUUUAGCAACACUGCAGCCAAAUAAGCCGCUGAUGGUGAUGGAGUUUUGGCCUGGGUGGUUUGAUGUCUGGGGAGGACUUCAUCAUGUUUUUGCUGCUCAAGAAAUGAUCUCCAUAGUGCGACAGCUUUUGGAUCGUGGCAUCUCCAUCAAUUUUUACAUGUUUCAUGGAGGAACCAACUUUGGAUUCAUGAAUGGCGCAAAUUACGAUGGGAACUACCGACCACAGACGACCAGCUACGAUUAUGAUGCUCCAUUGACUGAGAGCGGUGAUUAUACAACCAAGUAUUAUCUCUUGAGGAGCCUGCUGAGCACCUACAACAAGAAGCCACUACCAGAGCCGCCAGCUGUGCAGAGCAGAAGAGCAUAUGAGCCGGUGGUUGUUUCUCAUUACAUUUCUCUAUGGGAGACUCUUCAGUGUACAGAAACACAUUUCCGAGCCGAUGAUCCUAUCAGCAUGGAGAACCUUCCUGCAAACCACAGCAAUGGUCAGUCCUAUGGGUACACACUCUAUCAGACUGACAUUCAUUCAGGUGGAGAACUCAACUCUAGGAAACAUGUUCAUGACAGAGCUCUAGUGUUUAUUGAUAGAGAGCUGAUCGGAGUUUUGGACUGCAAAACUCAAACAGUUAAAAUAUCUCACAGUAAGAGUAAGAGGACCUUGAGUUUGCUUGUUGAGAACUUGGGGCGAGUGAACUAUGGUUCAGCCAUGGACAACCAGCAGAAAGGGAUUAGUGGAGAUAUAACUCUGGAAGAUGUACCUCUAAAAAAGUUCUCCAUGUACUGUUUGGAUAUGAAAACCAGUUUCAUUAACAGACUGCAGUCUCAGAAAUGGAUGUCUGUCGGUCAGAAGCCCACAUACCCUGCGUUUUUCAGGGGAACCCUGGUAGUGGAUAAGCCCACAGAUACUUUUCUGAAGCUGCCGAAUUGGAAUAAAGGAGUGGUUUUUGUGAACGGGCGAAAUCUUGGACGCCACUGGUCGGUUGGUCCUCAGAAAGCCCUCUAUCUCCCUGGUCCCUGGCUCAGGAGUGGAGAUAAUGAGAUUAUGGUUUUUGAGGAACUCAAUGCUGCGGAAAAAAUUCAUUUUGCUGAAAAUCCAGAAUAUGGGAAGACAAUCAGUGUACCUAUAGAAUAGUUUUGCAGCCUUAUUUGAAACACACCUGCAGUUUUACAAUGUAUCCCAGGCUUACAUCCAUCAAAACUACAGAUCUGAACAUAAAUUGCUUAAUUUUGGAGUAGUAUAUCACUUUUCCAUUUGAUUUAUCAUAGUACAUUACGAAAAUGGCUUUGUAUUGCAAGAUUUCUGAAAUGUUGUUUAAAUAUGUGAAUGAUGCAUUAUCUAAUUUUGUGCUAAUAUGCAUACAUUUCCAGAACAGAAAUGUAAACAUUGGAUAAAACCAGGUUGAAAAUUCUUGUUUCAUUUUGUUGACAUAUUAGAUUUUAAGGUUUUUUACACAGAGGAUUUUGGAUCUCUUUUUAUCACUCCAUAAAUCAGAAAAUACUGUAUGUAAAGCCUCCAUAUUUUUAGGAAAUGUAUAAAUCAAGAAAAUGUUAAAUUAACAAAUCCCUCUGUAAAAACCUUCAGAAUAUAAAUAGGAAUAAAACUGGAGUGUUUGGUGUAUGUAAGUGCUACUGAAGUGAGAAAACAGCCUUUAAAGAUAUGUAUUGUAAUUGAAAUCUACAGAUGCAAAUAUAUAAAGUGUAAUAAACACUUACAUUCUUACUACUAACCUUAAUUUUCCUCCAGUACUAGCUGUAUUGUAUUAACUAACUAAUCACGGAUCAAAAACCAUGACAAUAAUUAAUCGUUUUCAUCUUAUUGUUUACUAUAUUUAUUUGCUUGAUUGGUGUGGUGGGUUUUGUUACUUUUGCAGUUGUAGGGCAGGCUGUAAGGACCUAUUGAAAUAACUGAAAACUCACAUAAAGUAACCAAUACAUAUGUAU